AUGGAGAAUGAGAUACAGCAACUAAUGGAAAUGGGAGCGACUGCCGCACAGGCGCGGGCAGCGCUGAGACAGUAUAAGGAUGUCAUGCAAGCAGCCGAAAGAUAUUUUGAGGGCAAAUUCGACCACAUCAAGGAAGGGGAUGAAGACUUCGUGAUGCUUGAUGAUGGUGAAGCUACUCGUAAAUCUCGAUUCUCAGCAACGAUCUCUGAACCCGAGGACAAGAUGACCUCUGACGAGGAAGAGGACGACGAUGACGAUGACGCAGACUAUAUUGACUAUGACUCCGAUUUCGACGACAGCAGAGAUACGAGCAAUGGCGUCCCUGCGGUUGAUCCGUACUCGGGUAUCUUCUUCUCCAAAGACCGUCGCGAGGAAGUCAUUGAAGUUGAAGAGGAAUCUGAAAUAAUUUUCAUCCCCGAAACUAAUGAAAGAGUCAAGCUUAUGACCCAAGGACAAUGGAUGAAAGGCUGUCCAGAAGGCGGAGAACAAAGCUUCUUGUUCGGACUCUAUUCCCAUCUGAGUGAACCUCAAUGCCCGUGUCCACAUGAAUGUGGUGCCUCAAUAGCCAAGAAGAAAAGUGAUUUUUUUGCCUUGGUUGCCGACUUUUCGACAUACAUUGAACGUCUCGGGAAAGCUGUUCAGCAAAAAUGUCCUCGAUGUCAUUCGGAAUUCUGUUUGGCCUGUGGUGAACCAAUUUCUCAGGAAAAGGAGCGGAUGAUGUCCGCUUCAACAUCGAAUGAUCCCCUUUUCCAUUGUUCUAAUUUGCAAGGGGUCAUUCUAGGAGUUGGGCUCGCUAUGCUCGAGCAAAUGUUUAUUGAGAAAAAUCAGGAUGCAACCGACAGCAAAGAACAAAUGACGAGGAACAAUAAGCGUCGAAAGACGAAUGGCUCUGUAUCACAUGAUACCGACGAAGACAAUAUUCAUCAUGCCUAUGGGAGUGCGCAAGGCAAGAAAGCCAAAGGUGGGACUGGAUAUGCCGGAGAUCAGAAAGAGGAUAACACUGGCCAACUUGAGGCACAAGCUGCACAACGUGAAAAGGACGAGAAAAUUGGAAAGCUUCUCAGUGCUAUUCGUGUAUAUCUUCCCAACCUUCAUCGAGAGGGUGGAGGACGAACGAGCGACUAUCUUGUCCACCCCACUACAUUGGCCCACCUUCGAAGGAGAUUCAACCAUGUUUGCAGUACCCUCUUGAGAAAUGAUUCGCUCGCAGACAUGUCAGAAAGGUCUGUUCUCUACUAUGAGUUGUUGGAAUGGCUGGAGACUAUCUCCAAUCACGAAGCACUAGCCAGCAUGAUGGCCAUGCCUAUUAUGGUUGUUGCAUCUGUUAAAGUUACGGCCAAAAAACCAACAAAGAAAUGCACUUCUGGCAUCCGAGAACGCACCAUUGUUUAUGAAGGAAGUUCGGGCCCUCGAGAGCUAUUGGAAGCCAUAGCCAUCCAGGCCCAAGCUGCCUUAAAAGGACUCGAGGGAACCAAAGCCCCUGACGCAGCUCCUGAGGAACUCACGGAGGAGCAAAAGCGUAUGACAGUGGAUCCCAAGGGCAAGGUUGAACAACAAGUUAGCCAGAAUACGUCCGACGAAAAUCAGAAACUGCUCCACUUCUGUCGACGCAUUCUUGCGACCGUGAAUGCUAUCGAUCGUUCACUGCGAGAUACGAAAGGCGAUGCCUUUGUGAACCGCCUCCAUUCUUCUUUACCAAACAUUACCUCCUCAUCGCCACAUAUUCACGUCGAAGCAGGGACAACAGAGGAAAGCGCUCGGAAGGCAUAUGUGGAGUGGGCUACGCGAGUUAGGUUUGAAUACUGCGAUUUAUCUGUUCAAGCGCAAUCGAGCGACGAAGAAGAUCAGCCCCCCCACUACAAAUUCUUCUACGACAAUGAGGCCCGCAUGCUUGCAAAUUCCGACAUCCCCAAGCGGUCCCUUGCUAUAGCUAAAGAACUCGCCAUCUUGACUACGAAUCUGCCAGUUGCAUGGGAUUCUUCCAUUUUCUUAAGGGUCGAUGAGACCCGUGUGGACGUAAUUAAGGCGUUAAUAACCGGGCCUGAAGGAACACCGUACGUUUUUGCUCCACCCUACCUGUUCGAUAUUUUUCUGGGGCCGAGCUACAAUCAAUCACCGCCCAAUGUAAAGUAUAUGACGACGAAUGGUGGCAAAUUCCGCUUCAACCCUAAUCUCUACGCUGACGGGAAAGUUUGUCUAUCGUUGCUUGGGACUUGGUCGGGACCUGGUUGGGUUUCUGGAAAGUCGACAUUGCUACAACAGGUUCUCAUUUCUAUUCAAUCCAUGAUACUCUGCGACGAGCCAUAUUUGAACGAACCAGGGUGGGCAUCCAGCGGAGGGACUCCUCAAUCUCAGGCUUACUCCGCAAAUGUUCGGCGAAUGGUGGUUAAAUCCGCGAUGCUUGGAAAUCUCAAAACGCCGCCAGAACCCUUCUCUGAUAUAAUACGCACCCAUUUCAGGUUGAAAGCAAAAUCGCUUUCAGCGCAGUUGGACGAUUGGUUGAACCAAGACGAUGGUAAACCCACCAGUGGCGAUGGUGGCUACAGCAUUUCAAAUGCGGAAGCUGGAGGCAGCGCAAACGGACUGAAGAAAGAUAUUGAGGAAUUGAAAGGCAUGCUUAAACAAUUGGAGGUGUCUGCCAGUGGGCGUUGA